CACAGUUCAAAAAGGAUGAGGCUGGGGAGCUUCACUGUUCGCAGUCAGCACUAGGCCUACUUCUGAGGCCAUCUGUUCCCUGGCCUACCUAUGAGAAGCCUGGUUCCCCAAGCUUGGCUCUCCUAUGUAGUUGGUUAGUAGAUGUCUUGCCAUGAAUUCUUUCACUGGACUUGAUGGAAGCAGGAGGUCAAAACGAGUGAAAAUAGAUAGGAAUGAACUCAGGGAGAUACUUCAGGAGUACUGGGAAUUGCCUGCAAAAUACCGAGCGCAUAUUUGGCAAAAGGUGUUGCAACUUCCUGGCAAUGGAGCAUGUUUGGCAAAAUUUCUAAAGAAGGGGAAAAUUCAUUCAGCAUAUGAAAAAAUAGCUGAGCAUUACCCUCUUGAAAACAAGGCCUUGAUGUCCACCUUCCAAAGAGUCUGUUCAGCCCUUGCAUGUUGGUGUCCAAUUUUUGCAGCAGCUGAUUAUUUGCCUGUUUUCAUCUUCCCUUUUGUUCAUUUUUUACGACACAACAUCUUGGCAGCUUUUGAGACUGUGGUCACUAUAAUUGUGAACUUGUGUGGAGACUGGUUUGAAUACUGGCCACAGCUACCAUUCCAUGUGUUGGCAUCAGUAGAAAGUCUUCUGCUGGAGCAAGAUUCAAAGCUUGUGCAGCACUUCAGACAGCACAAGAUUACUACAGCUCAAUAUGCAUGGCCAUUGUUGUCUACUGCCCUGUCUGAGGUUCUCACCAAAGAUGAAUGGCUGUGCAUUUGGGACCACAUCCUGGUGAAUCCAUCCAGUUUUUUCAUCUGCAUUGUGGUAUCCUACAAUAUUCUCCUAAGAAACUCUAUUUUCCUGUUGUCAACUUCUGAAGAAUUCAAAUUGUUUUAUGGAAAUGAGAAUGCAUUGGACAUCAGGCAGCUUCUUAAGAAAGCUUACACCAUUCACCAAAGUUUGUCAUUGACUGAAGGAGCAUCUAACUUCACUCCUUUGCCAACAGGGUCAUAUCCUAUGUUCACAAAGUUUCCAGUCUAUUCAGUCAAUCGCCUUAUUGCCAAGAAAGAGGAAAUCCAGAAAGAGGAAACUCAAUUGGAGCAUGAAGAAGAACAACUUCAGAGGAGAAAGACGGAGCUGGAAACUCUUGAGGCAGAGGAGAGAAGACUCAUUGAUGUUAUGGAACAUUUAGCUGAAUCUGAAACCAUGGCACAGAGAUUGAUUGAAGAUGAGGAAAAGACCAUAGGGAGGAAGAAAAGCAGGCUAUCAAAACUGAGAAGGAGUGUUUCAGAGCAAGAACAAUUUAUACCCCAGUUGGAGCAUGCAAGGGACUUGAGGCAUUCUGUACUGUCUGCACAACAACGAGUUCAUGCUCUGCAGUCAGAGCUAAUGAGAAAGCGCAGAGAAGCAGCAGAUCUGGCAUCUGGAUUUGACAUCUCAACUGAGAUGGCCUCUAGGAGUUCAAGGCUUCAAACUUCUCAAGCUACUCCAGAGGUUCUCACCCAACCUCUUGGGAGUAGGAGUCGCAAGAGGAAGGCCUGUUCAGGUGUGGUUGCCCAGGGCACUAUUUUUGCUCAAAGGACUGUUGGUAUACUCUGUGGACUGAAUCAUGGUUCAGUCAGUCAUCAGAUCACCUCAUAUUAUGCGGUGUCUAGUGGUUACAAGCUCAAAGUUAAAGUGCCUCCUGUCCCCAAACUGCAGUCAACUGGGAGGACACAUCAGAAUCCCAUAGCAGUAAGGACAGGGAGUAAGAAAUGGACUCCUGGUGUUCCUGUCUACAAAGUUCCAAUGGAAGAUCAAGAAGUUAUGGUGGAAGAUUCUGGAGAAUCAAAGCAGGUCACUCGAGAAGUUCUCACCAGGAUUAAUGAGCAGAUAAAGGAUCACUCUCAUAGCAGACUCUUUGCUGUCGUGAAAAUGGCAAGUUGGCAGUACAAGGUGACUGUCAAUGACCUCAUUGCACCUCAAAUAUGGCUGGAGGCAGAUAUAGGAGAUAGGAUUGUUCUAGAAAAGGUUCUGCUUGUGGGUGGUAGGGAAUGGUCAUUGAUUGGACAGCCUAUCCUGCCAAAAGAUUUGGUGAGGAUAGAGGCAACUGUAGUGGAGAAGACACUCACUCAUACCUUCACAUCUUUUUUCAUGAUCAAGAGAAAGCGUCACCGGCGAAUGCAUUUUUUCAAAUACCCACUGGCUGUCCUUCGUAUCAACAGUAUUGAAAUGAAGAGGCCUCUUCACUCUCCAUAAUUCCUCUUGUGACAGUCCAUGAUGUUCUUGGUGAGUCAAGAUGAAUUUUCUGAUGGAAAGUUGUGAUGACAACAAUAACCUGAAUGGUCUUGAUUUCACAAGUACAGGUCUUGUCAUAAGAGAAACUAACUCCUAGUCUGUCUCAAUCCAACAAAACACCCAUGUUCUCAUUACAUAUGGGGACAGUGGAAACAGGACAGUUUUCUCUGUAUAAAUUAUGCCAACUUCCCUGUUGUAUUGGAGGUGUAUUUUCUUCAAUAAAAAAAAGUCAUUGAUGCAAG